UUCCUCAAGACUACAGGGUUUAUCAAAGCUGUCAAAGUUCAUUUCCCAAAAUGCACACCGUGAAUGCUCCCCGUUAUAAAUGGCCAAUGAAGUUCCGCGAGAUUUCUGAGACGGAAGUGAAAUUGAAGCCAUUAGCUUAAGAAAGCGAUUGCAGUAAGACACACGUGUGAAACAAUGUUUAGGGGUUUCUCCCCUAUGUCUGUCCCGACCCUUUUGUUCGCCCAAGCGUUGGGGACCUUUUACAUGAACUUAUAGUCCUUCGGUCUUAGCUGCGGAGACUUCCGCUUCCUGGAUUCCACCCUCAGUCCGGCUCCCACAAUGUAGUCCAGACUGGCUUCUCAAACUUAUAAUCUUCAUGUUUCAACUUCCCUCUAUGCUGGGAUUAUACAGACAAGAUUGGGAUCCCGUUGAGACCAGCAUUCUGCAAAGUUGCCUGUGGCUGCUGGAAACAGGAGUUCCUAGGAAAAGAAAAAGAAGCAGUUGUGCAGUUGGCCAUGGAGGGUUUCUGUGCCAGGGAACCAGUUGAAAUACCGGAAGAUCCUCCACAAAGGCCACAGCCUCUGGCAAAAACACUCUGCUUUUUCCCUUCAUGAGUGAAUCUGACUCCAUGAACCUCAUGUUGAUGUUGGCCCAUUAUCAGACAGCUUAUGGGUCAAAAGGAAAUGACAAGAAACAAAACUCAGAGUUCUCCUCACUGAGUAAGAGAGACAGCCUUUGAAGUGCCCUUGUGCCAGUUGUCAGCUGUGAAAAGCAGUGCCUCGUCACGUACCCCUACAUUCAGCUAAGGUUGCCUGUGCCCCCAAAGGAUGGCUACCCUGGGUCUGUCUCCCACGUUUGCUAUGUCCUCUCAGGGUUCUCCUGGUAGCCAGGAAUCAGAACUUCCUCUUCCUUCAAAAUACCAUUCCUGUCAGCAGAAUUUGGGUUUGUUUGCUUGCUGUGCUCCAAAGCCUGAUACACCAACUCGGGUUUCUUCUCAGGACUCUGUGACAUUCCAAGAUAUUGCUGUGGAUUUUACUGAGAAAGAGUGGCCCCUGCUAGAUUCUUCCCAGAGAAAACUAUACAAAGAUGUAAUGCUGGAGAAUUAUAGCAACCUGACUUCAGUGGGGUAUCAGGUUGGCAAACCCAGCCUCAUUUCACACCUGGAGCAAGAAGAAGAGCUAAGGAUGGAGGAGAGGGACAUUCAAUGUGGUAGUUCUCCAGAUUGGGGAACUCCAGCUAAAAUAAAAUGGUCCAUAGUUAUGGAAGAUAUUUUUGGGGAAGAAACAUCUGAUGGAGUGACAUUGGAAAAAACUCAUCUUUUGGAGAAAUCUUCUGAAUUCACCCAUUUGUUUGAAAUCUUCAGUAUUAGCCCUCACCUUACUCAGCCAGUAGGAAGGUCCACAAGCAAGAGGCCCUAUCACCGCCACAGCUGUGGAGUUGCUUUCAAGAACAGGACUAACCUGACUCAGCACAUGAGCUUGUAUGAUGGGAGAAAAAUGCAUGAAUGUCACCAGUGCCAGAAAGCCUUCACUACCGGUGCCUCUCUUACAAGGCAUCGUAGGAUUCACACUGGGGAGAAGCCUUAUGAGUGCAGCAACUGUGGCAAAGCCUUCAAUGACCCCUCAGCUCUAAGGAGCCAUGCAAGAACUCACCUGAGAGAGAAGCCCUUUGACUGUAGUCAGUGUGGUAACGCCUUCCGGACCCUCUCUGCUCUGAAGAUUCACAUGCGAGUUCACACCGGUGAAAGACCCUACAAAUGUGAUGAGUGUGGCAAAGCCUAUGGCAGGAGCUGCCACCUCAUAGCCCACAAGCGGACACACACUGGAGAGAGGCCCUAUGAGUGUCAGGACUGUGGAAAAGCCUUCCAGCACCCCUCCCACCUGAAGGAGCAUGUCCGGAACCAUACUGGGGAAAAGCCUUAUGAGUGUACACAAUGUGGCAAAGCCUUCCGAUGGAAGUCGAACUUCAAUUUGCAUAAGAAGAACCACAUGGUGGAGAAAACAUAUGAGUGCAAAGAAUGUGGGAAGUCCUUCAGUGACCUCCUAUCAAGGAGGAAACACAUGAGGAUUCAUAUUGUAAAGAAACCUGUUGAGUGUCGCCAGUGUGGGAAAACUUUCCGAAACCAGUCUGUCCUGAAGACACAUAUGAACUCUCAUACUGGGGAGAAACCUUAUGGCUGUGAUCACUGUGGGAAAGCCUUCAGUGCAAGUUCCAACCUCACUGCACACAAAAAGAUACACACUCAAGAGAGACGCUAUGAAUGCACUUCCUGUGGGAAGGUCUUUGGUGAUUACCUGUCCCAAAGGAGGCACAUGAGCAUCCAUCUUGUCAAGAAGCGUGUGGACUGUCGGCAAUGUGGAAAAGCCUUCAGGAACCAAUCUACCCUGAAGACACACAUGAGAAGCCACACAGGUGAGAAGCCAUAUGAGUGUGACCAUUGUGGAAAAGCCUUCAGCAUAGGUUCCAACCUUAAUGUACACCGGAGAAUCCAUACCGGAGAAAAGCCCUAUGAAUGCCUUGUUUGUGGAAAAGCCUUCAGCGACCAUUCAUCACUUAGGAGUCAUGUGAAAACCCACCAGGGAAGAAGCUCUUUGCCCCAUCCAUGUGGAAAAGGCUUCAAUGAGUGCUCAGAUACACAGGAAACCUGGCAAGUUUAAGAAGUCACAAAUGCCUGAUGAACUCUCCACAUACAGAACACAAGGGAGCACAUGGAAAUUAGGAAAAAUCCAGUUUGUGUAAAGAUUGAGAAGACUUGAGUUGGUGUUCAGCACUUGGGGUCUCAGAGAGAAAACAGGGAAUGGGAAAAAUUUUGUAUUGAGUAUCAAGAAACUUUCAGCAUACUUUAUGCUCUCAAACACAUAAGAACUUAGGGAGAGAAUCUUCAGCUUGGGCAUUUGGUGUUAAAGUCAGCAACAGUUUGCGGGCACACUAGAGUGAUUCUUUAUCAAUACAGUGACUAGGGGAAGCUUUCCUUACCUCACAUUUGUUCCUCAGGGCAGAAAUCAGAGUAAAGAGAAAAAUCACAGAAGUAAGAAACAUGGAAAAGUCCAUAAAAAAGAGGUGAGCAAACUGGCCAGCUGUUUAUUGUUGUUGGCUCAUAAGCCAAGGUGCUUGUUCUUUUUAAAGAGAAAAAGCAUCUGGCAGAAAUGCUGUGUGGCACUCAAAUUCUGACAUACAUGCUGUUCGUGAAAAUCUUUUCAGGUCAGGCAGCAUUGGUUCUCAACCUGGGGAAGUUUUGCUCUUCAGGGCAUUUGUUGAUGUCAGGAAAGAUUUGAUUUUGAGAAUGGGGAGGGAGGUGCUACAGGCAUAUAGAGAGAUGACAUCAGAGAUGCUACCAAAAUAGCCUACAAUAUACAGAAGUCACCCAUGUCAAACAAUUAUGUGUACUACUGUAAUAGUGCUGAGUUUGAGAAUAAUACUAUUCAUUCCUCGGUUAUUAUGAUCCCUAUGAACACUCACAUUAGGAGAAAAUUUUUACAGCUUUUUAAAAGAAAAAAAAAUGCAAUUUCCAGUUCUUUCUGGAAAUGUAUGAGGACUUACACUGAUGCUAACUCUCUGUGAAAAUGCUUUAGCCACAGUGUAUGAAUGUAGGGUUGUAUUUACAAGUCUUUCAUAUGACAACAGAGUCCAGCUCUUUAGUUUUCUUGAUCUUUUUAUUUUUAAGGUUAUGGUCCUCUGAAUAACUCUUAGCCCCAUCAUGAACAAUAUGUAUAUAGCUUUGUUCCUAUCUUAAUUUCCCUUUGGGAAACUUAACCUAACCAGUGGCAUAUUUAGAAUUGUAUGAUGCUAUGCACUGGGUAAUGUGAGUAUUUUUAGUAUGUAUCAGAUUUGUUGUGGUCAAAGCAUGAAGCUUCCUAAUGUAGAUCCUUUGGUUGCUAAUGGCUUUCUGCCCAAAACAAUAACAGAGAUCUCUAGUUGCUUCCCCAGUAUGCAUUUUAAACUCCUACAGCAGAAGAAUUAUGGUUUUAUAUGAUUAGCAAAUGGUGCUACAUUAAGAAAUCUUUUGCAGUUUUUCAUGUAACUAGUAUUGUCUACAUGCCAUGACCCUGGCCAUUGACUGAUAAACAGAGGUCUUUGUGUGGCUUUCUGAGAAAAAGCUCUUGAAAAAAAAAGUCUGAUUUUUUUAAUUCAUUGUGUGACCCUGAAGAUGAAAACCCAUUCUAAAGAGGACACUCCAGAGAACUCACAGUGAUUCUAGUCUAUACUGUGACUUGUGAAAGAAUUUACAUUGGUGCUCAAUGUAUUACAUCUAGAAUUUCUAUUACCUGAGAAAACAAUAAAAUUGAUUACAAGUUUAUAA